GGCGCCGGCUGCAGGACCGCGGCUGCCCAGACAGACGCGCAGCCAGGCCGGCGGGGUGCGUGGCGCUGCCGGGCGGGGACGGCGCGCACCCUGAAGGCGCACGGAGGCCGCGGGAUCAGAUUAAGGGUUUACCUGAAGAUAAAGCACCCUGUUCAUCAGAGACUGGACCAGAGUUCCUCCCUGUGGGCAAUUAAAGAUGCUGUUGUCAUGGAAACAGAUGGUCCUGCUGUCAUUCAUUGGCUGCCUGGGAGGGGAGCUGCUCUUCCACGGCCCCGUGUUCGUCAGUGAGCCCCGAGACAGCAUGGCCCCCGUCGGUGCUGCGGACCAGAGAGUCACGUUCAACUGCGAAGCCAGAGGCAACCCUGCCCCUCAUUACAGAUGGCAGCUGAACGGAAGCGACAUUGACCUGGGCGUGGAGUCCCAUUACUCGCUGGACGGAGGCGACCUGGUGGUCGUGAACCCCCUCCGGGAUCGGGACGCGGGGAGUUACCAGUGUUUCGCCACGAACGCGCUCGGAACCAUCGUCAGCAGAGAAGCGAAGCUGCAGUUUGCCUAUCUCGAGAACUUCAAAACCAGGAUGCGGAGCGCGGUGUCGGUGCGGGAAGGCCAGGGCGUGGUGCUGCUGUGCGGGCCCCCACCUCACGCUGGAGAGCUCUCCUACGCGUGGAUCUUCAACGAAUACCCGUCCUUCGUGGAGGAAGACGGCCGGAGGUUCAUCUCCCAGGAGACGGGCCACCUCUACGUGGCCAAGGUGGAGCCAUCCGACGUGGGCAACUACACGUGUGUGGUGACGAGCGCGGUGACCGCCGCCCGGGUGCUGGGCUCGCCGACGCCGCUGAUGCUGCGCGCCGACGGCGUGAUGGGUGAAUACGAGCCGAAAAUAGAAGUCCAGUUUCCGGAAACGCUUCCGGCCGCCAGAGGGUCCACCGCGAGGCUGGAGUGCUUCGCGCUCGGGAACCCCGUGCCCCGGAUCACCUGGAGGAGGAGCGACGGGCGGCCUUUGCCCGGGAGAGCGACCCUGCGGAAGUCCGGCGGGGUGCUGGAGAUCCCCGGCUUCGAGCAGGAGGACGCGGGGUCCUACGAGUGCCUCGCCGAGAAUUCCCGGGGGAGAAACGUGGCCCGCGGGCGUCUCACGUACUACGCAAAGCCGCACUGGGUCCAGCUCAUCCGGGACGUGGAGGCUGUGGUGGGAGACAGCCUGCGCUGGGACUGCCGGGCCGGCGGGAAGCCCAAGCCCUCCUACCGGUGGCUGAGGAACGGCGAGGCCCUGGUGCUGGAGGAGCGGAUCCAGCUGGAAAACGGCGCCCUGAGCAUCGUGAACCUGAGCGUGGCGGACGCGGGCAUGUUCCAGUGCGUGGCGGAGAACAAGCAUGGCCUCGCCUACUCCAGCGCCGAGCUCCGGGUGCUGGCCUCCGCUCCGGACUUCUCCGCGGCGCCCAUGAAGAAGCUGGUGCGGGCGCAGGUGGGCAGCACAGUGGGCCUGGACUGCCGGCCCCGAGCCGCCCCCCGGGCCCUGUGCUCCUGGAGGAGAGGAGAGGUGACAGUACGAGAGGAUGGAAGAAUUUCUUUCUUGAAAGACGGAGGGCUCAGCAUAGCCAACGUGACGAAGGCCGAUGCCGGGACGUACACCUGCUUCGCAGAAAACCAGUUCGGGGCGGCCAGUGGCUCCACGCACCUGGUCGUCACAGACCCCACGAGAAUAACGCUGGCGCCGUCGAACAUGGACGUGUCCGUGGGCGAGAGCGUGGUCCUGCCCUGCCAGGUGCGGCACGACCCCCUGCUGGACGUCGCGUUCACCUGGUACUUCAACGGGGCGCUGGCCGGCUUCCAGAAGGACAGCUCCCACCUGGAACAGGCCGGCGGGAGCUCAUCCGGUGAUUUGAUGAUCAGGAACAUCCAGCUGAAGCACGCAGGGAAGUACGUCUGUGUGGUGCAGAGUGCGGUGGACAGUGUCUCCUCAGCCGCUGACCUUGUAGUGAGAGGUUCCCCCGGGCCACCCGCAAACGUGCAGGUGGAGGAGAUCACGGACACCACAGCCCAGGUGUCCUGGACAGAAGGCACCGACAACCACAGCCCCAUCACCGCCUAUGCCGUCCAGGCAAGGACGCCGUUCUCCCUGGGCUGGCAGGCCGCCAGGACAGUGCCCGAGGUCAUUGAUGGGAAAACACACACUGCCACUGUAGUCGAGUUAAACCCGUGGGUGGAGUACGAAUUUCGGGUUGUAGCCAGCAACAAACUCGGAGGUGGAGAACCCAGUUUGCCCUCAGAAAAAGUAAGAACUGAAGAGGCAGCCCCCGAAGUGCCUCCUUCCGAGGUCAGUGGGGGAGGCGGAAGCCGGUCCGAACUGGUGAUAACCUGGGAGCCGGUCCCCGAGGAGCUGCAGAAUGGCGAGGGCUUUGGGUACGUUGUCGCCUUCCGCCCGCUGGGGGUCAGCACCUGGAUCCAGACAGUGGUCACGUCCCCCGAGGCCCCGCGAUACGUGUUCCGGAACGAGAGCAUCGUGCCCUUUGCGCCGUACGAAGUGAAAGUGGGCGUCUACAACAACAAGGGCGAAGGGCCGUUCAGCCCCGUGGCCACCGUGUUCUCGGCAGAGGAAGAACCUACAGUGGCUCCGGCUCACGUCUGGGCCCACAGCCUGUCAUCCUCAGAGAUCCAGGUGUCCUGGAGCGCCGUCCCCUGGAAGCUGAGCAGCGGCCACCUCCUCGGCUAUGAGGUGCGGUACUGGACCAGCGGGGAGGAGGGCUCGCCGCGCAGAGUGAAGGUGGUGGCGGGGGAGACCGCGGCCCGGCUCCACGGCCUGAGGAGCCACCUGGUGUACCACGCAGCCGUCCGGGCGUACAACAGCGCGGGCGCCGGGCCCUUCAGCGCCACGGUGAACGCCACCACCAGGAAGACGCCUCCCAGCCAGCCACCGGGAAACGUGGUCUGGAACGCCACUGACGCCAGGGUGUUCCUGAGCUGGGAACGGGUCCGAGCCAUGGAGAAUGAGUCGGAGGUGACGGGAUACAAGGUGUUCUACAGGACGAGCGGCCAGGGCGGCCUGCGGGUGCUCAGCACAAACCAGACGUCGGCCGAGCUGCGGCUGCCCGUCCAGGAGGGCUACGUCGUCCACGUCCGGGCCACCACUGCCGGAGGGGACGGGGCCAGCAGCACGCCCGUCAGGAUCCCGAGGAGAACCAGUUCGGAUGCCAGGGGCUCCCCGUCGGCCAUCGCCAACACCUACCCCGUGUCACGCUGCCUGCCGGCGGUCCUGUUCAUGGCUCACGCCCUGUGGUGAUAGCCACUCUUUUCUACCAUUUACUACAAGUUAAUUGGUGACAAAAAAACAGUGCUUUCCCGAAAUGCAGUGAUUAUGCAUGGUUGUUCCCCCCACCCCCCAACUCUGUAUUUUUAACUUUCUACGUAGGUAAAAUGCAAAUAUAAUUCAAAAGCAAACAGUACAUCCUUUUAGGGGAAUCUGAGAUGCCUUAAUACUUGAUAAACCAAAGGACUUUAUAUAUUAUGUACUUUAGACUUUUGAUAUAUAGGUGUCCCCCCCAAAAUGUAUACACACACGUUGAAUAACUCUAAAGGCGGUGUUUAUUAAAAUACAUUUUGUUUUCAAAAGUGAGCUAUGGGCCAUUUAGGGGUGUACACAUUUUGGGGGGGACACCCUAUAGGUGUUUGUAAGCGAUGGUUUUACACUCUGCCUGUGGGUAAAGACUCCCAUCCUCCCACGUGGUCACAUGUAUGUUUGCUGUGUCUUUCAUUCACUGAGCUUUCAUUGAAUCCAACAGUUAGGGUCCCCGUCAGAGUGGCCCUGUCUGGGGGACUUGAUCCGUGUUCUGUUGAAAGGGUCAGAAGCGCAUUUAGAAACCGCCCUGCUCUGAAGAGGGCGCAUGGGGUUCCAGGGAGGGUUGGAAAAUGCUGAUCUAGGGAGUCCAGGGGGGCGGUUUGGCCCCAGUGUCCUAGGGAGGGGGUGGGA